AAAGCGUGGGAAAAUUCUCCCCACUUUUUCCAUUUACAGGGCUGGUUAUUAAAAGAAAGCACGCGGGGACGCCUGCCGAACAUACCGCAGAGUGGUAGAACGACGGAGUACUGAGGAGAAGUCAACCAACAGAAGAACCCAACUUUACGACUGACAGGUGACAGAGGAUGUCCAGAGCUGACUGGUCCUUCCUGGAGCAGCUGUUGGAGGAGGGGCAGGAGUACAGCACCGGGGUGGGCCGUGUCUGGCUCACUGUCCUCUUCCUGUUCCGCAUGCUGGUCCUGGGCACCGCCGCAGAGUCAGCCUGGGACGACGAACAGGACGACUUCGUCUGUAAUACCAAGCAACCUGGAUGUACCGCCGUGUGUUACGACAAAGCUUUCCCCAUAUCACAUUACCGCUAUUUUGUCCUCCAGGUGAUUUUUGUUUCCACGCCAACUAUUUUUUACUUCGGAUAUGUGGCCAUGAGGGCUGCAAAGGAGAAGAAAAAGGAGGAGGAGGAGAGGACGGAGGAGGGUGGGGCUGGUGAGGGACGAGAGAGGGGAGGAGUAAAGAAGAAGAGGGAGGUGAGAAAGGGGGAAGAGAUAGAAGAACUAGAGGAGGAGAAAGGAGGGAGAAAGGUGGUGAAAGCUCUCCCAGAGGCUCCUAAGCUGAAGGGCCGUCUCCUCUGUGCCUACGCCGCCAGCAUCCUCCUCAAGGUCCUCCUGGAGGUCGGCUUCAUCGUGGGGCUAUGGUACCUCUACGGCUUCGUGAUCCCGGCCCGGUUCGAGUGUGUCCGGGACCCCUGUCCUCACACGGUGGACUGCUUCGUCUCCAGACCCACGGAGAAGACCAUCUUCACCAUCUACACCCAGACCAUCGCUGGAGUCUCUCUCUUUCUCAACCUAGCAGAGCUCCUCUACCUCCUCCAGCUGGCCAUCACCCACCACCUAGAACAACGCUACGCCCAGGAGCAGUACACCUUUCCUGGCAUAGCCGGGGUCCGAGUCCGGCCUGGUGCUCCAAGCCUGGAGAUGGAGAUGCAGCAAAUUUCGCCUUACCAGGAGAAGGGCCAUCUGUAUUUACCCAUGGGGGAGGCCGGCUACGCCACGCCCAGUGAGAGUUAUCUGGACCUGGGGGAGGCCGGCUACACCAAGCCCAGUGAGAGUUAUCUGGACCUGGGGGAGGCCGGCUACACCAAGCCCAGUGAGAGUUAUCUGGACCUGGGGUCCAGAGCAGGGAUGGAUCCUGGUGGUGACAUUCUCCCCAGUUACUUGAACUGUUUGGGAGCGAUAAGGACUACACACUCUUCAGGGAGAGCUCACCAUAAGAAAUACAGCACACAACACACACACAGUAAGGGUGCCCAGAAGGGACACAGCAACAAACACACUAAGCAUUAUGUAUGAGGAAACCAGAGAGGUUUGGUUCUGUGAAUAGAAGGAAGCCAUAUGUCCACCACAGACUGAUACAGGCAUUAUAACACUGUCAUAAUAUGUCAUAACAGCUGACAUUAACCUGUCAUAAUAUGGUCAUAACAGCUGACAUUAACCUGUUAUAACCUGUCAUAAUAUGGUCAUAACAGCUGACAUUAACCUGUCAUAAUAUGGUCAUAACAGCUGACAUUAACCUGUUAUAACCUGUCAUAAUAUGGGCAUAACAGCUGACAUUACCCUGUCAUAAUAUGGCCAUAACAGCUGACAUUAACCUGUCAUAAUAUGGCCAUAACAGCUGACAUUAACCUGUCAUAAUAUGGCCAUAACAGCUGACAUUAACCUGUCAUAAUAUGGUCAUAACAGCUGACAUUAACCUGUCAUAAUAUGGUCAUAACAGCUGACAUUACCUUGUCAGAAUAUGGUCAUAACAGCUGACAUUAACCUGUCAUAAUAUGGUCAUAACAGCUGACAUUACCUUGUCACAACCUAUUAUAAAGUGUCAAAACACACCACACAAGGAAAAACAUUCCAUUACAUCACAGCCUCCUUGUCAACAGUAUGUUUAUGUUAAUAUUACAUGUAUUUUUUUUAAUUGACCAUAUUAAAAUUAUCAUUGUUAUUGUGCACACAUUGAUGUCAGACAUGCACCUGCCUCAGUGCUCUGUUUCUGAGGACUGGGAUGAAUGUAGGAGCAGAUUUCAGGAGCAGGACAAGACACCCUCUAUUAGACUGAUGACUGGGAUGAAUGUAGGAGCAGAUUUCAGGAGCAGGACAAGACACCCCCUAUUAGACUGAUGACUGGGAUGAAUGUA